AUGGACAGCCGCACAGGCAGGUCCAUCAUGGGCGCGGCCUUGAUCUGCCUACCUGCAGCGCUCAUCUUGCGACACCAUCUCUUCCCAACGAAGGCGGGCAGAAUCAUCAAAUCACCCAAGCAGACGGUCUUGUCCACUCUUCCACCGGCGGAGCUCUCAUCUCUUCCUUACCCUCCUGACGCCCUCCCAGGCGGCCGCGAUGUUCCAACUCCGUACGGCAACGUCCAUGUCUUUGAGUUCGGCCCGUCAGAUGGCGAGAGAGUCUUAUUGCUACAUGGCUUGUCGAUGCCGUGCGUGUCUGGUUCCAACACCGCAGUCGCUCUCGCCGGAAAGGGCUAUCGAGUGAUGCUCUUCGACCUCUUCGGCCGUGGUUGGUCGGAUACUCCGGACCCUCGGGACGUCGACUACGACGAGAGGCUGUUUGCAAGCCAGAUCAUGAUGGUCCUGGCGAGCUCCGAGGUCAGCUGGACGGGUAACGCUGUGGCGGGAGGCAAAGGGGGAUUCCACCUGAUCGGCUACUCGUUUGGUGGAGGCCUGGCUGCCAAUUUCACAAGCUGGUUCCCACACCUGGUCCGGUCAUUGGUCUUGGUCGCACCGUCUGGCCUCCUCAACAAGCAAAGUGAUACCAACUGGCGUGCGCGACUGCUCUACUCGAGGUCUUGGCUGGCAGAGAAGCUGCUCUACUACAUCUACAGGCGCCGGCUUGAGCCUCAGUACGCGGCUACGAAGGACGGCAGUGACAGUGACGGAAGCAAAACAGGCGACCCUUGGGACGAUGCGAUCAUAUCACCGGCCCGACCCAACGUCACGGUAGCAUCGAUCACGUCGUGGCAUCUGCGUUACAACGAGGGAUUUGUACCGGCCAUCAUAAGCACCUUGCGCUACGGCCCGAUUUAUGAGCGGUAUGAUGAAUGGAAGAGAUUGGGCUCGAUGUUAUCUGCAAGAAGGGAGAAUCCCCAUCUGCCAGGCCUAAUCCGCGGCAAGGUGCUGCUAGUCUUCGGCUCCUCUGAUCAGAUCAUACAGGAAGACAAGCUCAUACCAGUCGUGGAAAGUAUCCUUGGUGGUGAUGCUUACCAAGUGGGAGUAUUAGAGGCUGGUCAUGAGGUUGGUAUUACCAAAGGUGCUGAGGACAUCAAGAUCAAGCAUGAGCAACAAUAA